CGGCAGCCACGCGUCAGUCUCACCCGACUGACCUCCUGUCCCUAACUUCCCUCUUCGAUUCCUGACCCGCGCACAUUGAACUCACGCGGUUCCCACCGGCGAGGACACCGGUGCGCGGUGUUCUCGGCUGCCUCCAGUCGAUCUGCGACCGGAACACUCGCGUCAUCGUCGAGGAACAUGCUGGCGAGCCUGGCUGCCACCGACGACCGGCUUGGUUCCCUCGAAGCUUCCGAGGCGACGGAGCAGCGUCGUUAUGGGACCGGUGCUCCAGGAAGAUGGUAGACCGGCGGUCGGUUCAGUGAUCCGUCACGAGAGCUAAGUCGUCGAGCAGACAUGGGAACGGCUGGCAAGAACAUCGAAGAAGGAACCGGCCUAGAAUCGGGCGAAGCGGACGGAGCUUUCGUGAUCCCGAUUCGACGGCUAGAAUAGUGAGCGAUCGUCCGUUUAGCGAAGGAAGAGGGAAGAAGUGUUUUUCGCGCGUCGUCGAUCGUCUCGGAGAUAAUAUCGUAUCUGUUUUGUUUUGUUUCCGAAACUGUUGUGCCGAUUCGUCGACUUAACGUGCCCGGUUUGGUGGUGUUACAGUGUACGCGCGGUAACGGGUAAACCUCGGGGAUAACUCCGAAAACCGGUGACGUGUUCCGAUGAUUGUUUUGCAGUGAAGGUUCGAAGGAAGUUUCUUCCUUUUCGCCCCCGGCGGUGGUUCCGCGUGAAACGCGUCGCGGCCGAUCGAGAAUCGCGAUCACCCGUUCUAGGCCACGCACGAUCGACCACGUGGUAAAUUUUCAAUCGCAUGUAGAGUUUCUGUUGCUCGAGAGCCCGUAGAGGCGACGCACGUAGCCGCGAAACCAUUGGAUGGUCGUUGGGAUAGAGAAGAAUCUCGCUUGGAUCGAUAAGCAUCCAACGAUCGUAGAUCGAAGUUCUUAUUAAAACAAAUCAUUACUAGAGGAUUUAGUGAUCGUUGUCGUUAUAGCGGAGAUUUAUUAAUCGAAAAUCUUAAUCUAUUACAUAGAGAUAUCUAUUACAUAUUUGAAAGAUUUAUACCGGUUGUUCGCGAUCAAUAUAAAACCAGUUGAGAGAGAUAUUUAUUGAAACGAAGAAGAUACAGACGAAAACGAAGUGGGAAGAACGAAGCGUAGAGGGAGGAAGAUAACGAAGAAGAAAGAAAACGGCUGCGAAAGAUCGGAUUUCUGUUGGGGACACAACAGCCCGGCUAACGAGCCAGUACUCUAAAUAUAAUAAUGGUCAUGAGUUCGCGCUUUAAUCCGCAUAACAAUCGACGAGUAAUUAAUAACGAUCGAUUCGCGCGAGAAUACCGGCCGUUGAAUUAACGCGCGCCGGCAGAUACAAUUAAUCAAAUGUUAUUCCGAAAUAUUAUACGAUCUCCGGCUGCGGGGGACAAAGCUUGACUAUCGGCCUAUCGACUGAUGCAACGAACGAGCAAACAGAGCCUGAAUACCGAAUAUCGUUCGCCGGCGACGCGAGCGAGGAACGCUCGUGUAAUUCGAAACACGGCGCCGAGGUGGGAUAACCGUCGAUAAAAAUGGAGAUUGGCCGACUCGACGACAUAGCAGAGGCAGCAGAUGUUUGAACUACCAGACGACGAACCGCGGAGAUUAUCGAUUCGUUCGCACGCGGGUGGCAAACAUGUCGCGCGCGAAAUGUGCACGAGCUAGUUCGCGAACGACCGAAACCCGCUCCGAAUGGUAGCGACGGGUCAACAUUGACUCAACGAUUCGCGGAAUCGAAUUUUUCCAGGCGACAUUUCCGGCUGAAACACCGCUAAGUAUUAUAGUUGGACGACUACUAUUCGUUGGAGACAUCGAACCAGGAGAGGUACGCGUUCGACGAACGCUGGGACAAUAAACGAGACCGAAAGGACUCUUGGUUGUACAGAGAAUAAUAAAUAACAACAGUGGGGACAGAGAGGCAGGAAAGAUUUCGCGAGCGCGUGAAAGACCAUGAUCGUGCUGGCGGACACCUAGUCGGGUAGUGUCCAGACGCCGCUAAUACCCAAAUGGGCGAGCCGAAACCCGCCUCGUCUCCGCAGCCAAACGGCGGCGUGAAACAGAAGCCGACCAGCCUGAACCUCGCACCGGUUCCCGGUUUCUAUCGCAAUGUCAACGGACGUGCGAGCCUGAAUGAUCGUCAUCUACAGCACGUCACCGCUGUCAUCGGCGGUGAGCGCGCCGCACGCGUCAACAACAAGUCCUCCUCGCCAAACCCUGCCGGCCCAAUCAACAACAAUACCGAGUCCGCUGGCAAUUCAGCAAUCAGCAACACCGUCCAGCUACCAGCUCUACCAACAGUACCACCACUAUCAGCAUUAUCUUCAGCGUGGUCGUUGUCUGCAGAACUUGAAAAUCUGCUGGAACCCCCGCCCCCACCGGCCCCAGCACAUCCAGCGAGCACGCUACGAGCAAACUCCAUCAACGACCACCAGCAACAGCAGCACCAGCAACACCAACAGCACCAGCAACUCCAACAGCACCAGCUGCAGCAGCAGCAACAGCAUCACCAGCACCAGCAGCAGCAACAUCAACAUCAACAACAACAACAACAACAGCAACGGAAUAACGUUCAGUCGUCCCCGAUCAACCAGUUGCCCACCCGUAGCCCGAGUCACAAUGGUCACGGAUUCCCAUUGUACACCCCACCAGCCCCGAUACCAGCAUCCGGCGCAAAUAAAGUUCGCUCUACUCCCAACGGUCUACCCCAACCAACAGCCCCGAGGCGUCCUCAUAGUAUUACCGCUCCAGCAUACCACCAUGUCGUCUCAGGUAUCCACCACUCCCUUGGUCAACUCGCUGGUCGAGCAAACGCAACGUCAGCACUAUCAUCAUCAUCACCAUCAUCAUCAUCAUCACCCGCAUGUGGCUCAACAUCAGCAACAGCAGCAGCAGCAGCAACAACACCAGCAGCCACAGUCGCACCAGGAUCCGCAACACCGUCAUCGUGGAGCUCCAUUGGCGCACCAAGCACUACCGCAGCCGGGGUUGUACCAGGCGGGUUGGCACAACGGCGGGCCCAUUCGGUCGCCGGUACUCCAGUAUCUGUACCCGCCGGCGGUGGUAACAACAAUGGCGGCGUCAAUGGUGUCAACGGUCAACAGGAGCCACGGGGCAACGGUGCACCCGUCAACGGUACAAUGGGACCCACGACUCGCAGCGUUAUACCACCCCAAUCUUUAUGGAACGGGCAGCUACAGCAACCCGUACCUAGGCGGCCUCACAGCAUCGCCUCGACACCCGUUACAGCUCCAGCAGGCGUGCCUGCAGCAACUCCAACAGCAACACCAGCAGCCGGCGUACCAUCGUCCGCUCGUGCAACAGCAGCCGAGCCUAUACAGUGGGGUUCCUCUGGAAUGGUGUUGCACCAACCCAUACCUCGCAGGGCGUACGCUUCGACCCUGCCACAUCCCCAGCCACCCACGCCCACGUCACAAGGGCCCGCUCUGAGCAUACUGACGAAUCCAGGUAAUUCGAACACGUGGACGCCGGGCGCCGCUCUGCGACCCAGGCCUCAUAGCAUCGCCACCACCCCUCAAACCGCCCCGAUGCCGCCCGCUUCGCCCUCGGAUUCCGGCUAUCGAUCUCUGCCGUCCGCCGCGAGCGACUAUCAGAUACUUAAGUCACCGUCGAGAACUCAACAGCAGACGCAACAGCAACACCACCAGCAACAACAGCAGAACCAGAGCGCCGUGCGACGCCUGUCUUUGCCGUCUGCUCAGUCUCUUCUUCGUGCUUCCGCGCCAAGGCCGAGCCCGACCUUCCACGGACUGCCGUUCCGGCCAUUUAACUGCGGCGUCUCGCCAAACGGCAACCCGAUCUUUUUGGGGUGCACUCAUCUGCACAACACCAGCCCCGGCACCACCACCAGCACCGGAACCAGAACCUCCACGCCGGCUACGAGCCCCGCGACCCCGCUCACCACCUCGCAGGCCAUACAGCAGCUGCUGGCGCAACCACGGAACGGAUUCAAGAUAGUCGACGAUAAGGUCUCGCUCUUCAUAGAGAUCCUCGACACACAGGAGAGGUUCUCCAAGGUAAGAUAGAAGCUUAUACGUUGGUUCGACGAAUGCGCAAGGAAUAAUAAGGGAAUGAGAACAUUUCA